AAGGUUCUGCACAUCAGGAUCGACAAGAGAGACUUUGGAGAAAGAGUUCUCCGGAGUCGGUAGCGCCACCGAUGGCCGAUUCGCAGGCAAAGAAUAAUGAGGCUAGAUCUUCUACGAGCUCCGGCGAAAUAUCAGUCAAGUUUGAAAAAUCAGUAAGUAGCAGGAGUGGUGGUGUAAUGGAUAAUGGAGAGGCUCUUCGUGAUGGCCAACUUUCCAACAGUAACCGUGACUCUUCAGGGACUGAUGGCAGGAAUUUUUCUAGAAUAAAUACAUUGCCCCCUGAGAUUUUGAAUUCUAACGAAGAAGAACCACCUUCAAGUCAGAUUAAGUUGGAAAGAGCAAAAACUGAGAGCCAUAGGCCCAAACACAUACUUGCUCAAGAGGCAGCACAAAUUUUCGAUCACAAAAUUCCCGUCCAGGAGAAGUCAGAAGCUCCGCACAAUGUGUCUAUGGGUUUGUGUGCAAGUUAG